AUGCAGAAAGUCGAAGAAUCCAGAAGCGUGCGAGUACAUCGUCGGCACCACCCCUGCGACCCGAGAUGCUCCCAGACCGAAUCGACUGAGGGAACACCGGAGAGCUACCAGAGACUCGAGAGCUCCAUCCCAGCCGCUGACGCUGUCUUUUCCUCCGUCUCUGCCAGGCCAUCCCUCGGGCUCAACGGCGCGAGCUUCGAUAACGGCUUCAACGGCGACUUCGACAACUCCGAGUCCGUGAGCGCGACUCCGAGCGUGCUCGGCAUCGGCUACCUUGGCUUCACCUCCUUCUGCGGCAUCUACGAAGAGACUCGGCACAGCCUCAACCGGCUUCAGCCCUCCGGCAUAGCGCCCAUUGGCGAGAUCGCAACGACCAACUAUUGCGGCUUGGAAUGCUCUCCGCCCCUGACGCCGCAGGCCCUGGAGACAUGUCUCACCAUCCUCCGUCACUUACCGGACCGCGAGACCGGCUUGAAGCUCUUCGACAGCCAUCUGAACCCAAGCGACGGAUGGUGCCGGCCUGCCGCGCGGCUGAUCAUGAACUCGAUCUACGACACCUUUCCCCAGCUCUUUAACAGCUCUACUCCCCCCAGCGACAGCGAGCUGGAGUCUCUCGCCCGCACCAUCUGCGCCAAUACGGCCAAACCUUUCGUGGACGAAGAGUCGGACCCGGAGAAAUGGGUCGGCCAGCUUCUUGGUCCGAACCUGCGGUGGGAAUCCCUCGGGGUUUUGUUCGUGUACUGGGAGCUCGCGGCGAGGUACCUUGGCCCGUAUCGACCAGAUGUGGGCAUGCAGUUCGCAAAUGUGGAUGAGGGGACCAAGAUCGUCAUGAAGUACCGGUACUGCAUCUGCGCCUGUAUGGAAUUGACAAAGGCGGCCGGCAGCAGAGGAAAUUCCUUGCUCUUGUUCAUGUGCACCAAACGAACAAUCAUUGAGUCGAUGUUCUCUGGUGAUGCAAGCUUCGCAUGUUGGCAGCUGCAUUCCGAAACCGUGGCACUAUCGACGUUCCUCGGCUUCCAUGAUGAAGUCGACCCGGAGCCGUAUGUGCCGAACAUCGGUUCUGAGAUCAAGCGAAAAGUCUUUUCCUACGUUUUCUACAUGGACAAGGUCCUCGCUUCCUUCUCAGGCAGGCCUCCAAUGAUCAGCCGCAGAUACGCUCGUACACCGCUGCCACUGGAUCUCAAAGAGGAGUACCUCCUAUCCGACAAGGCAACGUUCGCCCGGCACGUCGCAACCCUUGACGAGAAUGGAUGGAAUACGGAAGGUGGGCUGUAUUCUUCCACGAUGGUCCGAGCCCGCGUUCUGCUAGCCCGCAUCCGCGAUGAGCUAUUUGAGAUAGCUCUGGGUCACGGAUCUAUCACGCCUCUCGAAACACUGUUAGAGAUCAAGGAAAAGGAGCUCAGGACAGUCGCCGGGUUCCCCAAGAUUAUCGUUUUCAACGAAGACGACAUACAAGACAGGAAUAUAGAGGUAUCCAUUCUCUAUGCGCGCCUCAUCGCCCACCUAGAACACCUCCAAAACAUGUUCUUCAUCGAGCGCCUUCUCGCAAAAAGGGGCCACGACGAUGGCGCGUUACUGGCUGUGAGCUUCGAGAUGGUAUCCAAGACCCUCAUGUUCUGGACGAACAUGGACCGUUUGUCCUGCAUGAACGGCGACUUCGAGUGGCUGGUAAUGGCCUACGCUGCCCCUGGCGGUGGCAUUCUCUGCCUCGAACUGCUGAAGCCCACCCUUUACGGUGGGAUCCACCCGCAGAACCCGAAAGUGACUCGCUCCAGCAUCAUCCAGAAGCUCAGCCUGCUCGUCGGCUUCCUCGACUGGGUCAGCCCGACGGCGCCCAACGGCGAUCUCUGCGCAGACUGCAAAGUCGUCAUCCAGCACGUACUCGACCAGGCGCUGAACAACCCGGCCGCCGCCGCCGCAGGAGCUUCGGCUUCCGCAGACGGUGCUGUUGGUCUCCCCGCCGGUUUGGAUGCCAUGGACUGGGACUUUUCUACCCAGCUGGAUUUCAAUUUCGACCUGCUUGAUACCUUUGAAUGGCUACGGCCGGACGUAGGCUCGGCUCAGCAAGCUUGA